AUGCAGUACACAACCCGGACAUAUUGUCACAAAUUCCUUGAACCGGGCAAGACAUUCCGCGAACAAGAUCAGCAAAUAAUCGCAAAUGUCGUCACCCUGCCGAAACACUCUCAGUCGAACGCUCGCACAUCACACAAACGUGAACGAGCUCAAGCACACCAGUCGCGGGCAUCCCGAAACACGUCGCAGAGAGGAGACAGACUAGGAAAGGCUCCAAAGGUUACCGUACCGACUACAGCAGAAGCUGCUCGAGCACCAACGCAGAGCUCGUCAUCACGCAGCAAGUCUCGCGGCGACAGCAAACGGACUGAGCACCCGACAACGGCGAAUCUAGAUGAUGCAGCUUGGGACUCGGGUGACGAAGCCCAGCCUACACGCCCAACCCUCAGCGAGUGCAACGUGGCGUUAGUCCGGCACAGACCAGUGAAAUCGAUCGUGCGCUGGCGCAGCUUGCCGGUAUCCGAGAGCGUUCAGACUCGGACCUCGAAUUGGAAGCCGACCUCGCUGAAAACACCAGAGACCUACAAGGAUAUGCCAGCCUCGAUGAACACGAUCCGCUACGAAGGCCCACUAACGGACGAGGCGUAUGAGAAUGGUUGGCUGCUCACGCUGAAUGCACGCACGUCUGGGAGCGCCUCAAUCACAAGCUCCGUCCAGCACUCGAGCGCGCUAUCGAGUCGCCACGAGAGUGCCUUGUGCGACAGCGGCUUGCGCGAACUCUGCAGCAAUCUAACAUCGGCACCAAUGACGACGACGCCCUCAGGAACUCGCGAGCUAUGCUCAUCGAGGAAACCUUACCACGAGAUUGCUGACCGUUUUCUGCACGCGUCGGAUAGCACUGUCGACUCUGAGGCCAUCAAGCCUUUUAACUACAACUCUUUCAUACGAUACGUCUUCAUCCCUCAUGCUGCCGUUCUUCUCAUUGCGGGUGACCGUAACAUCAGCGAGAGCGAUGCUGAUCGAAAGGGCGUGAGUGCAGAAGACGACCCAGAUACACAUCCAGCCGAAGUCGUGACUGCCGUGAGCGCCAUACACUCUACCCUUCCAGGUGCUCGCGACGGCGACGGUGGCGCAGACGCAGUAGUAUCACCAAAGCCGGUCACAGAACAUCGUAUAGUAUCAGAGAAAGCGGCUGGCAAGGCUGUCGCAAGGACACAGCAUGAAGAACCCGAGAUCCGGACUCCAAAUCUCGCAGCAACAGAGCCUCGAGUUACAAGAUCGCGCGGUACACGCCGCAUCACAGAGAACGACUUUCCCCCUCCGCUGCCGCCAAAGCCACGCGCAGCUAAGCGCAAGCGAGCUUCGAAGCCAGAUACGACAACCUCCUCACUGCCCAAGUCAGCUAUGGACUCGCCGGACUCGGACUCGGAACCUCUCGCAGCUAAGACAAAGCGUGUCAAGAUCAAUCGCGAGGACUCUAAUGUGCAUGUCGCACCGGCUCCCUCUGUGUCCGCCGCUGGGUCUCAGAAGGCUCCGAAAUAG